UCGUUGCACUCCCGGUAACAUAGAGAGCUCCGCGAACGGGCUAUCGCUGUGAGGAGCUUGUAGUGAGUCAGCAUUCGUUGAAAACGAAAAUAGAAACAGGACAGACCUGGGCCACAGCCAUUUCCUGGUGUACGUUCUUCAUUUAGCAAGUAACAGUCGACAAUGGCCAGCGAUACUUCCUCCGUUGCUACUGAAAGGAACACAUCUGUGUUUGACGAACCUUCCGACAAGUCUGACGUUGUUCUGGUUGUAGAGGACAGGCACCUCCACGUCAACAAAACUAUCCUAGCAUCGGCGUCGAAUGUCUUUGACAAAAUGUUUAAUGGGGACUUUAAAGAAAAGCAAGGGGGUGAAAUUCCUCUACCAGAAAAGUCGUAUGAUGACAUUGUGGAUCUGCUUCUCUGUAUUUACCCAUCAGAACUCAGGCCUGUCACCAGGGAAACUGUGGACAAACUGCUGGAACUGGCUGACGAGUACCAGAUUGUUGGCUUGAAGCGUUGCUGUGAGGAGUUUCUUCUUGACCGCUGUGAUCGCUAUAAACUGAAAAUAGAGGCGUAUCGCGUAUCGAGGGAUGACAUAGUACACUUCUUAUAUCUGGCUGAUAAGUAUGGAUUGGACAUCUUGUUGGAGACAACAACAGAUAUAGCGUCAAAAUAUGCCGUGAAUAAAACAAAACAAUAUGAAUUUUAUGUAGCGGCCCAUGAAGACUAUAAGAAUAUUUCAUUUGCGGCUUUGACAAAACUACUCGAGAAGCGUGUACAGUUCAUUGAGGAAGUGUGUAAGACAUCCCAUCAACUUAUAUGCAAAUAGAUUCAGACAUGUUCCACGAUGGCUCUAUGUAAAUAUGCUACUCAGUCAUUGAAAGGGAUAGUGAGAUAUUUUAAUACGUGUACAUGCACAUACAUACAUAUAUCCCAGUUACAAGCCCAGCAGUAGACACAGACUUGUUAAAACCGGAGGAUCAACCUGCUAAACUGACCCUCUACCACAUGGCGUAGUUUCUUUAGAAGAGGGGCGGUCGGGUAGCCUAGUGGUUAAAGCGUUCGCUCGUCACGCCAAAGACCAGGGUUCGAUUCCCGACAUUGGUACAAUGUGUGAAGCCCAUUUCUGGUGUCCCCCGCCGUGAUAUUCCUGGAAUAUUGCUAAAAGCGGCGUAAAACCAUACUAACUCACUUCAUUAGAAGACGAUGCCCCAUGAUACGUUGUUCAUAUCCAAGUCGUUAGUGUCACGUGUGAAAUUGAGACAUUGUCUUUAUUAGUGUUACAGUAACUGGUAGAGGGACAUGCACAUUUUUAACACUUUUUUUCAUUUAUUGUUAAUAAGUGUUUUAUGUCGUUUGCUGUUUAUAGGUAUGUCUGUUUCAGUAAAUCAUGAAUCUGUUACGUCUUUCUCUAUUCCUUGAUAAUAAAGAAAAAGUAAAAAGAUGUCAUUUUUUCCAGGAGAGCAUUUUAUUGUAUAUCCUCAUAUGUAUUUUUCUGACAACACCCGCCCAAACAACAAUCUGCAAGUACUUGACUUCUGUGUGUAGUUCCCCCAAUUGGGCUAUAAUUAGAGUAUAUACGAAUAACCAAAACAGUAUUGCUUUCAGCAGUGUUCAAUAAAAAAACAUAUGUUACUGAA